GAAUUAUGAAUAACUGAAUAACAAUGUUCAAUCAACUAAGUACUUCAACCAUAUAAACUUUGUAUGUUUGUAUCCUGUAUUGAGCACUGAAUGAAUAAAUUUGAUUUGAUUUAAUUUUAAUAAAAACCGGGAAUAUUUUGAUAAUUUGGAUGUAGUUAUGGAGUUAAACAAUCAUUACGGGGAUUCAGACACAGCAAAGGAAAUUUAUACUGAUAUUGCGUCGGAAUAUAUUAGGACUAAACAAGACAGAAUUUAUGAUGCUCUUCAACAUGGUACAGGGGAGCAUGCAGAUAAAACGACACCGUCAGCCAAGAAGUGUACACCACUUUUGUUAUGGUGUACCCUAGUAAAUUCAAUUUUGAUUGGACUGUUGAUAAUUGCAGUAUCUGUUUCUUUAUACAUGAGUACAAACGUUUCAAAGGCUUCAAAUAGUAAAGGGGCAACGGUAACUGGUAUUUGGAAAAACUGGUCAGUUUGGUCGCCUUGCAACGCCAAAUGUGGACAAGGAUUCAAAUGGAGGAUUCGAACAUGCACAAGCGUUUCGCCGAAAGAUAAUGGCUUUGACUGUAACGGUAAUGGUACAGAAACAGUUCAGUGUCAAAACAGCGAGUGCUCUGCGGAUCUGCAGAAACUUGUGACAACUCUAAGCCAAAAAUUUGAUAAGCUUGAACACGCACAGAGACAGAUUCAGACAGAAGUUGUCCAAAAUUUGACGAACAUUUUAAAUAAAGCAACGGAUCUGCAGAAACUGAUGACAACUCUAAGCCAAAAAAUUGAUAAGCUUGAACACACACAGGGACAGAUUCAGACAGAAGUUGACCAAAAGUUGACGAGCAUUUUAAGUAAAACAAACGUGUUGGUCGGAUUUGCAGUAUCAAACCCAGAUACGUCCUCCAGUUCUGCCCUUAAGUUCAAAAACGUAAUAUACAAUUCAGGAGACGGCUAUAGUUUGUACUCAGGUGUGUUCACUUGUAGACAUCCAGGACUCUACUUCUUCACAGCAACUAUUUUCAGAAGCUCAGGUGCACGUGAAGUCGCAUGUGAUUUUCAUGUCAACGGCGUUUCCAAGUUAGUAGUGAACACUGGUAAUGCUGCCAAUGAUGGUUUUCAGUCAGGAUCAGGAUCAUUUGUUUAUCGUUUAGAUGCAGGAGAUAUUGUUGUCCUAUCGAAUUGCUUUAAACAAGCCUACAUACACCAAUAUUCUUCUUUCACUGGAUUUCGUGUUUCAUUUAAUUGACCAGUCGCAGUCAAUUAUUUACAAGAUGUAUGGCAUGUUAAACGUUGCAAUAUUCAAUAAAUUUAAUUUAUGGUUUAUAUCCAAUAUAUAUAUUGUAUAACUCUAAUUUUAUAUGCCUUACCAUAAUAUUUAUUCUA